AGUCCCCCUAGCUCGUGAGUUUGUGUGUGGUUCUUCUUUAACGGGAGUUACUUUCAUAAUGUCUGGCAGUAGGAAGCCCAGGUCGGUGGCAAACCCUUUGGAUUCGGCUAUCACUACACCAAGCGAACGAAUAUUGAGAGAAUGCCACAAUCUGUAUAUCGACAGCGACAACGGCCUGGUGAAGAUAGCCAGCAGCCUGGGCCUCCGGCUCCUUCCUCCUCGGAAGAAAAUCAUUGUGAUGAUAAUGGGGAACCACUCUGCAGGGAAGAGCUCCUUCAUUAACUGGUACGUGGAAGAGCACAUUCAGAAAACGGGAGUGGCCAUCGAGACGCAAGGCUUCACCUUCGUGACCAGCGGGAGAAAAAGGGAGUCGUUGACGGGCAAUGCGACGCUGCACCUGUACCCCCAUUUCCGUCCCCUUUUGGAGUUUAAAGGCGUCACCGACUACGUCUCCGCUGAGAUCUCCACCUCCAAGCAGAAGAAGUUCAGCCUGGUGACGUUCGUGGACACCCCGGGCCUGGUCGACGGUGACAUGGUCUACCCCUUCGAUGUGAACAGCGCCAUCACCUGGUUCGGUGAGCAGGCGGACCUGAUCUUCGUCUUCUUCGACCCCAUGGGCCAGGCCCUGUGCAAGCGCACGCUCAACAUCGUGGAGAAGCUGAGCGAGAAGUGCGGGGACAAGCUCUUCUUCUACCUCAGCAAGGCGGACGAGGCCGGCCGGGAGACGGACAGGCAGAGAGUGAUGAUGCAGAUUGUUCAAGAGCUGUGUCGGAGGCCAGGCCUGAACAAAUGUGGCUUUGAGAUGCCCACCAUAUACAUCCCUAACCCACAAAAGCCCAGCCGGUGCGAGAACCAGAUCGAGGGAGUCUGUCAGACCAUCGAGAAGACCAUCAACCAGGCCGUCCAGAAAACCCUGGACCAGCUGGAGAAGGACUGCGACCUCAUCUGCUCCACCGUCAGCAGCAAACUGGCCCAGGACAGGGUGGACGUGAGCUACAAUAGGACGGCCCGCAUGCGCUCCUUCCUCUUCGGCACGCUGGGCGUCCUGCUGCCCACCCUCAUCAUCCUCAGCUUCGUGGUGAACGCCCUCGCUCAGGAGGAGCUGGAGGGGCUGGUGGGGGAGGGGCUGGCCCGGGCCUUCUCUCUGUCUGCGGCAGCGGUGGUGAUCGUCUGGGAGUGGGUACCGGAAGACAGCCAAAUUUUGUUCGUGAUCUUUUUCGGAGCCUUCUGCUACCUCUUGGUAUUUCUCGCCAAAUAUUUCGCAAGCCGGGGCAACAGAACCCUCACCAAGAAGGAGAAGAGGAGCCUGGCGAAGUUCAACGACUACAUCCAGGACGUGGUCAGACCCAGAAAGGGGGAACUGUACGAAGAAUACCUCCAACAGUGCGCGGCUGAGUACGACUUCUGAGAGCUGACCGGCCAAUCACACGGAGGAGUCUCUCGCGUCCGAACUGACCACUGCCUGCCUCUGUUUAUGGGUUAGGAAACUUGACCUGUUCGCUGGUAUGUGCUGGUACACUGUAUGGCCAAAUACAGAUGCUUUUGGUCAUACAGUGUAUGUGGUCAUACGGUCAGAGGGCAUUCUUUGGAAAGCUUCUGCUCUACUGGACUCUACUGGAUUGAUUGUAAAGACAACCGCCAUAUUUUUGUGACUUAACUCCUGAUGGUAUGUCUCGAUUCUCCUUUUUACUUUUGUUUUCUUACAAAGAUCACAGUUUCCCUGGGAUUGUUUCACAGCAGUGGGGGGGGGGG